GGAACUAUAAAAGAACUAAUAACUUAUACUACUAAGCUUCAAGAAUGUUCGAAAUGUUUCUGCGAAUGCUCUGAACAGCUAGCAGUCUCCAAGGCGAUACGAACUUUCAGUUUGAGGCCACACCUCGCUGAUAUUGAUAACAACAUGGUAGUGACCGGUGUAAGGUUCGAGCAAAAAGAUAUGAUGAUCCAUGUACAAAUCGAGGAAGGAAAACUGCUCCCGGCUGGUCAGAUCGAGAAGAGCUCAGUUUAUUUGAAGGAGUUGGAAGACUUCAAAUAUUUGGAAAGGUAACGAAGGAAGAUUCGUUAGACUAAAUGGGGAUGAUGAAGAAAAUUUGGAACACGGCACUGAUUAUCAAUUCAUUCGGUACCAGCAGCGUGACGUGAACCUGGACAAUGUCAACUCACUGGAGCCAGGUUACGUUGUCACCAGAUUAAAGAUGUCUCAAGAGCCAGAAAAUAGCAAGGCUAUACAAUUGGAACUCUACAUUACACCCUUCAAUUUUUCAACAGGCUUGCUCGUUCCAACCAAUGAUAAACCUUCCAAGUGGCUUACUCACAAGGACAUGCCGGGUCAUGAUCGCCCUUUUACUGAACGAAUAGAGAAAGACGUUAGCAACUUCCACAGAGGUGAUGAUUUUCACGACAAUAUUCCAGAUUCUGAAGAUUUUAGACAUGUGGUUCGUAAUCAGCAGCAAAUAUUCAGAUGUUGCACAAUCGACUGUGCCAUUUAUGGAUCGACGAAUCGUUGCAGCGUCUCCUCGAGUUCCAUUGGACGGAAUUUCUACACUCCAUCGUGGAAAAGAAGACUCGGGUGGGUUCCUUGGGUUCAAACUGCGGACAAUUGGUCUUCAUGAUUACAUAAAUCCUUAUAUGAAGCCGGAAAAUGCGCUGCUGUAU